AGCCCACUUACCUGCAAACAGUCAACAAAGAUGGCGACCUCCUGUACAGAAAAUGAUGAAACAGAUUUUAAAGAUACUUUGAAUUCAAGCAUAAGUAAAUUAUCAGACGAAUGCAGAAGCUUACUUUAUGAAAGCUCAGCCAAUAUUCAAGAAGCUCAGCUACUUACAAAAUCACUAGUGAAGUGUCAGUCUUGCUUGAGAACUUUAGCUAAGAGUGAUGAAAAGUUAAGUAAAGAUAUAGUUAUUGUACUUCUUCAAGAUUUUUGUCAGGCCAUCAUGGACAAAACCUUCGUGGAAGAGAAUAGACUGGUUGAAAAGGACUUUGUAGAAAAUGACAGCAAACAGCAAAUUGUCUUAAUAUUAGAUUACCUCACAUUACCAGAAAAGCUUGCCAAUCACUACAUAAACACAUCUGAAGAUAUAGAUCUUAAGCUUGAGAGCCUUCUUAGUGAAGAGAUUUGGGAAUGCUUGUGUUGGAGAAGAGGUGCCCUUUUGUACAUGUAUUGCCAUACUGUGUACAAUGAUACUGUGAGGUGGAAGGCAGGGGCAGCAGAAUUUGUUAAGGAAUCUUUAGUGAUACACACGUCCUUGCACUAA